CUACCCUCUGUAUUUCAAUGUUAGAAACUACUACAACUUCUGCUCUACAUCAACACCAAAAUUUCCCUCUUCUUUCAACAGCCAAAUCGACCCCAGCACUUGUCAUUCACAACUAUAAUUUAUCCAUCUCUAAAAAGAGGAAAAACCCAUGUUUCCAUUCCCUUUCUUGCUCAGACUACAAGAAGCGACUUCAAGUUUCAGCCACCAGAAAACAGCAGCAAGAACAGCAGCAAGAGCAGCAGGAAGAGCAGAAGCUGCUUUCUGGCUUAAGUGAUCAGAUAUGGAAUGGAAAAAAAUCACUUCAAGAAAAUGGUUCUGAUGAAGCAACUGAUUUAGGGUGGUUGCCUGCUUUUCCUUAUGCAUUGUUUGCUUCUAUGUUCAAUUUCCUCUUUGGAUAUCACAUUGGAGUGAUGAAUGGUCCUGUUGUCUCUGUUGCCAAAGAACUUGGUUUUGAAGGAAAUUCCUUUCUCGAAGGACUUGUUGUUAGUACAUUUAUUGGUGGUGCAUUUGUUGGAAGCAUUAGCUCUGGUUUUCUUGUGGAUAAACUUGGUUGUAGGCGAGCCUUUCAAGUUGACACAAUACCUCUUGUUCUUGGUGCAAUCAUCAGGUAAUUACAUGGACUCUAUUGGUGUUGCUGUUUAUUUUACCCUGGCAAUAUACUGGGGUAUUUCCAAUUUAAUCCUUUAUUAUAAUCGAAUUCGUUUUCUUGCUUAAAAUUAUGUCUGUGAUUUUGUUUGGUUUUCUUGUUUUUUGUAUUCAAUUUGUCCACCAAGCCAUACUGCCUUCUUGUUGGAAUAUCCAAAGAAUGGCAUUUUGGUGUGCUUCAAUUGUUUUCAAGAUUGACCACCUUUAAAUGCUCUCCAGAAUGUAUCUAAGUUGGUAUUUUGCAUGUCUUUACUGGGAAAGUAAGAUUGUCACCUCGAGAAGAUGAUAACAACCCUUCAAAAAAGUUGUAACAAUUGGUAAAAACAAAUGGGAAAGAAGUAUGUACGAAAUCAAUGAUCGCUCCUUGCAUAUAUGUCAUAUUUCAUCUGUGUGUUUUUGAAGUCAU